AUGAUGCUCCUACUUAACUCACCACCAACCCAUCAAAAGAAUGUCAGUGAGCUGACGCCCUCUUUGAGCAAUUACUAUAAAAUUUCUCAUCGUUUUCUCCAAGCUGGGACUCAGAGUUUCGAGAGCGUUAGUCUGCUGUGGCCCCCUUUGCCUAGCAAAGUAAUAAAGCUAUCCUUUUCUACUUCACUCAAAACCCUGUCUCAGAGAUUCAAUUUGACACUGGCGUGCAGAGAAGCUGAAUUUUCAGCAUCCGGGACUGGCCAGAUAGAGCACCACAGACCUGGAAGCCCUGGAAGAACCCACACAAGGACUAAAAAGGAAUGUUGUUCCAAUUCUGAGCAAACCACACUCCUGUUCUCAGAUGAGUCAUGA